UUACUGACAACAUGUCUAAAAUAUAAUUAUUCACACCUUUACCUUAAGUUCAUUUUAGGUGAAAAUGUUAACGUAACCUAUUUUUGUCUUUCUACCAGCCAAUGACGAUUCUGGGUUUGUUAUAACAUAGUAAUACAUACACAUUUUUAAUUUCACGUGCAUCUGUCUGACAGAACCGCGCGCUUGUGUGUCAGCGUUGCUGUUGAUCUUAUGGUUAUUUUAGCAAAUAGAUUGCUCCGUAAAUUCAGUGCAACAGCAUGAAGUCGAAGAGGGUAAACCUUACCACUCGAAUGAAUGAAUCUACUUUCAGAUGCAUUGUAGGUGUUCUUGCUCCGUCUAUGUCUCUGAAUGAGCGCUGCAGCAUCAACCGAUAAGGCUUGCAGUGCCGCUGAGGAGCCUUCAAAAGCUGACCAAGGCACAAAGACGGCAUCAUACUAGUUUGACAAACGAGUUGAUUGAAAACAUGGACAAAAAAGCAACAUGGGACAGAUUCUACACAGAAAAUGGAAGCAAAGGCCAAUUCAAAAAUUUUGAGUGGUUCUUUGGAUUUCACUCAGUCCAGGACUUAAUUCUUCCUGUACUUCAGAGCAUGUCUCAUUCCCAGAGUGGCCCAGUGAACAUCCUGGACAUGGGUUGUGGCACAUCCGCAUUAGGACCUUGUAUCUACAAAACCUCUUCGUGUGCCGUCAAGGUCACCUGUGCUGAUAUCUCUUCAGUUGCAGUGAAACUUAUGGAGAAGCACGCUAAUUCUACGUCAGCGCAGCCAUGUAACCCAUCUUCUGCUCUUGCCUUCCUGGAGCUUGACUGCACACAGCUGAGAGGAUACUUUGGGGCCAGAAGCUUGGACUUGAUAUUGGACAAGGGUACUACAGAUGCUUUAGUUAGGUCUAAAGAAGGUCAAGAUAAGGCUGGACAGAUACUGAAGCAAUGCUUACAGGUGCUGAAGCCCUCAGGGAGUCUCCUACAGUUCUCAGAUGAGGAUCCUGAUGCCAGGCUUGUAUGGCUUGAGAGAGAAGUUAGAGGAGCUACACUGGCAGCUGAUGUAGGAGUUCAAGAGCUGGGAGAAUUGAGAGGGGUCAGCUAUUUUUGCUAUCAGAUUUCACCUUGUACAUCCGAAAAGGUUUCAAAGUAAAAAAAUAAAUAAAAUAUAUAUAUAUAUAUAUAUAUAUAUAUAUAUAUAUAUAUAUAUUGUAGCAAAAUAUUGAACACUGAUAGCAUGCUUUUUUUUUUGCACAAUGUGCUUGCCUAAUUAAAAACCCAUUUACAUUGUUUGCAUCAGAUGAAUAGGAAACAGUACAAUUACACUAUAACAACUUUACAGACUUUUGUAAAAAAUAAAUGUUUAUUUCAGGAUUAAAA